UGCCUUCGAACGGGCAGGUCAGUAGCUGCUGUGUGGUAUGCGAGCUCCGAUCCGUGCGCGGCACCCAGUAGCCACCCGAGAUCCAGCAGUGACACGCCGCAAAAAGCGAAACACACUUCGCCAUCCCUCCCGCGACACCUCCACUGCCGCGACGCCGCCGUCUGACAAUUCAUCAUCUUUUCGGUCGUCAGUACGGCGGGCGGUCGGAGUGGAAGACAGGGAACUCUUCCGCCGUACACGACGCGUACAACGGUGGCAAGAUCUGUCUCGCAGCAACGAUGACCACACGUCCGCAAAUCUAGCGAGCCAGGGCUGGAAGUGGCGGCGCCAUAAGAAGGGCUUCGAGCUGUACACCCGCGAAUCCUCAAUGCUUAGUGUCUCCGGUGCCCCAGUAGGCUCCCAAACUUUAUCGUCGCUACUGGACAGCGAGAUCUUGGCAGUGGGGAACGUAGCGUGCUCAAUCAGUCAGCUGGCAUCCCCACUGCGCUCUCCUAGCGAGAGCAGUUACAACUCGUUCAUGCGCACGCUGUACGGCUCUGACUUUAUCUACGGCUCUCUCGUCCACCAAGCCAUUUUCCGUCGCAAAUCACGCGCCAAUAGUAAUAAUGCUGCUCAACCGACAAAAGAUCGCACCAACCAGCUACUGGUCAAGACGUGCGCGUUCGUGCACACCUCCCUGUUCGACAAGAAGAAUGAGCAGCUGUGCUACGCCGAGCUCUUCUCCCCCACCUCCAGCGGCGGAUUUAACAUCUCCACCUGCUCACUCGCUGCCCGAGAGGUGAUCACAGGUAAGGUACGGCCUCCACUACGGCGUGCUCUGCAUCAACUGCACCCGCUCAGCACAUCGCUCUCUGCCGAGCCGGCCACAUCGGGGGUCCAAGUGGUCUUUCGAGCUCGUUUCCACCGCUCGCAGAGCGAUGAGUCGUGUUCGGCCAAGGUAAUGAACGCUCGACUCUGGAAGUUUGCAAUGGGAAUGUGCGAGCUCGGAAAGCUGGUGGACACUGCUCAGCGUGCCCAGGGAUUGAGCAGCAGCUGUAUGAACCAUACUAUCGCUGGCGGUCCACGGAACUCGCGCUGCAUCGUGUGCACACGGACAAUGUUCCAUAUCUUCAUGAUGCGAAGCUGCUGUCGCUGCGAGCUCUGCUCCUACAAUGUGUGCCACGCGUGCUGCUCGAGCCAGCGUGUAGCCAUCUACAACCGACACGUGGCGCCGUUGCUAGUGUGUGCACGUUGCCACGAGAGUCUCGACCGGGACGAGUUCGACAGCCAACUACGAGCCAUUAAACCCAUUUCGGAAGGAAGAAACGGGCUCUUUUUAUAA